CAGCCUGGAUCCGAAGAAGAGAAGACAGUUGGUUGCAUUGCCAUUCACAAUUCGAUUCGCUCUCUCAAAUCGCAGAGAAAUCUCAUAAACAACUGAGUAAUCAUCGUCGGUUUUUCCAUCGAUUCCAAUAAAACCCUUUUUGCUUCAGAUCUUUUGUCCAUUUCUGAUUCGAUUACAGAUCUUGUUUCCACCUCCUAUGCAUUUCAUUUGUUUAUGACUUCGAUUUCUAUCUUUUAUCCUGGAUCUUCGAAUUCGAUUACAGUAAUUCGUUGAUCAUAAACUAUUAUAUUGGUCGGCUCCUUAAUUUACAUGGCGGGUGGGGCACCGAAUAUGGAUCAAUUCGAGUUGUACUUUAAAAGAGCAGAUGUAGAUCAAGAUGGACGUGUUAGUGGCUCUGAAGCUGUUUCCUUCUUUCAAGCCUCUGGUUUACCUAAGCCGGUUCUCGCUCAGAUAUGGACAAUUGCUGAUCAAAAUCGAACUGGUUACCUUGGGCGAGUUGAGUUUUACAAUUAUCUAAAACUUGUAACUGUUGCACAAAGUAAGCGAGACCUUACUCCAGAUAUUGUAAAAGCAGCAUUAUAUGGACCUGCUUCAGCAAAAAUUCCCGCUCCCCAGAUUAAUAUCGGAGCGCUAGCUGCUCCCCAGUCAAACUUAAAUGUGGGCCCACCGACUCCACAGAUGGUUGGUAGCGGUCCAGCAGCAUCUCAAGGUAUUGGUAUAAGAGGGUCACAGAGUUAUUCACCGCAGCAAAGUCAAGUCAUGAGGUCGCCUCACUCCCCACUUCCUAACACCACAUUUCAAUCACAGCAUGGAGUGCCUGGUGGAGGCAUGAUGUUGACUUCUCGUCCUUCAGGGUCAACUCUCUCUGUGCAGCCUAGACCUGGAGUAUCUUCUCAACUUCCUGGUACGCCUCUGGACGUCUUUGGGCUUGCGUCAUCAGGGUCAACUCUUCCUGCACAGCCUAGACCACAAGGACCAACUAGCUUAUUGCAAAAUGCUGCACCCAAACCAAAUGGUCCUAAUUUGUCUGCUAGCGUGCCCGGAGCUAAAGAUUCCAGCAGCCCUGUUGCAGGAAAUGGGUUUGCAUCUAACUCAGCAUUCGGUGAUACUUUUUCUGCUGCCCCAUCUCAGGCAAAGACCAAUUCUGUGGUUACUGCCCCCUCUGCAAGUGGCUUACCUGUCUCACCGCCUAAUAUUCCUCCCUCUGGUGGGACCCAAUUACCCAAUAAGCCAAGCCAACCUUUUCACAGCAAUGUUUCUCACCCACCUACUGCGAGUCAGAACCAACAAAUGCACUCAACUUUUAGACCUAAUCAGCAAGUUCCGGUACAGAAUUCUUCUGCAUUGCCUGUCAGAGCUGAAAAUUUUCCUUCUAGUCAAUCCUCACAACCUUGGCCAAAGAUGUCACAGUCCAGUGUCCAAAAGUAUACCAAGGUUUUUAUGGAAGUAGAUACAGACAAAGAUGGAAAAAUUACUGGUGAACAGGCACGCAACCUGUUCUUGAGUUGGAGGUUGCCAAGAGAGAUCUUAAAGCAAGUGUGGGAUUUGUCUGAUCAGGACAAUGACAGCAUGCUUUCUCAGAAGGAAUUUUGCAUUGCUCUCUACCUUAUGGAGCGGUUCAGGGAAGGGCGUCCUCUUCCAAAGGUUCUUCCAGCCAGUAUUUUUGAGGGGACACCGUUACCUGUAUCAGGUCAAGCACCUGCCACAUAUGGUGCUCCAUUAUGGAGACCUCCACCAGGCAUCCCACAAGCACAGGGGGCGACGGUCCCCCGGCAGGUCACUCCUGCUGCAGCAAGGCCACCUCGUCCAGUUCCAGUUCCUAUACCUGAGACGGAUGAAGAUAUGCAACCUAGACAGCGUAAGCAUACAGUUCCUGUGCUGGAGAAGCAUCUAGUGGACCAACUUAGCACCGAUGAGCAAAAAUCAUUGAAUUCUAAGUUCCAGGAUGCAACGGAGGCAGAUAAAAAGGUUGGUGAACUUGAAAAAGAGAUACUAGAAGCUAAACAAAAAAUUGAGUUCUACAGAAACAAGAUGCAGGAAAUUGUUUUGUACAAGAGCAGAUGCGACUCUAGACUAAAUGAGAUCACAGAAAGGGUUUCCACUGAUAAAAAAGAGGUUGAAUCACUGUCAAAGAAAUACGAAGACAAAUACAAGCAGGCUGGAGAUGUAGCUUCUAAGUUGACUAUUGAGGAGGCCACUUUUCGUGAUAUUCAGGAAAAAAAGAUGGAGCUUUAUCGAGCAAUAGUGAAGCUAGAACAGGAUGGGAAACCUGAAGAUAUCCAGGCUCGUGCUGAUCGCAUUCAAGCAGAUCUCGAGGAGCAAGUAAAAUCAUUGAAUGAGCGCUGCAAAAUGUAUGGAUUGCGUGGGAAACCAACGUCGCUGGUUGAGCUGCCUUUUGGUUGGCAACCUGGUAUUCAAGAUGGAGCUGCUGAUUGGGAUGAACACUGGGAUAAAUUUGAAGAUGAAGGAUUUACAUUUGUGAAAGAGCUCACACUUGAUGUGCAAAAUGUUAUAGCACCUCCCAAGCCAAAGUCCUUACCACUUCAAAACAAAUCUACUUUCCGGGAUAAUGGUUCAACUACAGUUUCAGCUUCAGAUGCUAAUCAUAAACCUGAGAAGUUGACAGUGGCUGAGGACAAAACACCAGAUAAUGAAUCGACUGAGCAAAAGAAAGAUAGCUCCGGAAAAACUCCACCUGAUAGCCCGGCUAGCAGGAAUGCAGCAGAAACCCCACCUAAGAUAUUCCAGGACGUCUCAGUCGAAAAGAACACUGGUGAAGAUAAUUCACCUCAUGCCAUAAAGACCCAGAGUAAACAUUUGGAUACCCAGACCGGUGACAAAGCUUUUGAUGAGGCAGGCUGGGGUACAUUUGAUACUCAUUAUGAUUCAGAUGCAAAUUGGGAUUUCAAUGCUACAAAAUCUAAGGAUAUUGAUCAAGAGAGUAAACAUGAAAAUUCCUUCUUCGAUUCUUCUGAUGGAUGGGGCCUAAACCCUAUAAGAACGGAGGUUCCCAAGAAGGCCGUAUUUGAUUCUGUUCCCGGCACACCUGCUUAUAGUUACGCUGGCUCCCCACCCGGAGACAGUUUGUUCCAAAAUCGGGGCCCGUUUUCUUCCGCUUUUGCAGAUUCCGUUCCCAGCACCCCUGCCUACAGUUAUGCUGGCUCUCCUCGAGGAUCUUUCCAGCAACCGUUUGCUUCGGUUUUCGCAGAUUCAGUUCCAAGCACUCCUAUGUUUGCCACCGACUCACCUCGAAGGUUCAGUGACGGGACUGAAGAUCACUCAUUCAGCAACAACUUUUCGAGAUUUGAUUCCUUUAGCAGCAGCACUGCUACUCAUGAUGGUGGACUUUUUCCACCCCGUGACUCCUUUGGACGAUUUGAUUCUUUCCGCAGCACGGCCCAAGAUUCCGAGUAUGAUCAAGGAUUCUCCCAACCACAAUCGGUCGCUAGAUUCGAUUCGAUACGCAGCUCCGCCGACUCUGAUUUUGGUCAUUCACUGUUCCAGCCUCAAGAAUCAUUCUCGAGAUUCGAUUCCAUGCGAAGCACUACCGAGUCAUCCGACUUCAAUCAUGGAUUCCCCUCGUUUGAUGAUGCAGAUCCGUUCGGAUCAAGCGACCCCUUCAGAUCACACGAUCCGUUCAAGACAGCGGUGGAGAGCGAAACCCCGAGAAGAGAUUCGGUAGACGGUUGGAAGGCGUUUUAAUCUCGUCCAUCCAUCGAUUGUAGUCUGUUGUUGGCCCUUGAUAUAGGUAUAUGCAUAUAGGUAAGUCUGGCUUGUUUGUUUGUUUGCUUGCUUGCUUGCUUGUUGUUUGAUUUGAGUUGAAGGUGGACAUUGUGCUUUAGAACCAUCAUUCUUUCUUUCUAUCUUUUGGUAUGGAUUCAUUUUCUGUUUUACCUUUGUAAACUUGCACUCAUGUUCAUCAUUUUUGUAAGAUUUUCCUUUUUUACU